AUGUCUUCAGGCUUGCCCUACCUGCAAAAGCUGCGCAAAUCGGAUUUGACCGAGUUCGCUGAAACUUCGAAAUUGUCCGACUAUGCUGGUUUGAAAAAGGCCGAACUCGAAGUCGCUCUGGACGAGCAUUUGCGCGCCAACUCCACCACUUAUGGCCGAGAUCCUUCCUUGAGCGAAUACUACAAGCGCCUGGCAAGCAGUUCCAGGUCGCCCACUAAAAGAAUCGCUGAAAAGGUCUCGGACCUCGUCAAAUCUGAUGAUGAUGCUCUCGUUCCGGUCAAGAAGUCACGGCGCAAGACCACGACCGCUCCUGUCGAAGAGACCACCGACACUGACUCACCAGCAACUGCUCUCAUCAAAUCUCCUGCCAAAGAGCUUGCGCGCCGAUCGUCCAUGUUGACUUCUCAAAUCCCCAUGCCACCAUCACCAGCUGUCGUUACAGACGCCAUCGAACAACAGACGCGUCGCAUUCGCACGUCCGUCUCUCAUGCGUAUGACCGAACUCAUAUUCAUCAAUAUGCUGAUUCUACACGUGAUUACCUCUCCUCACCUUUGACGGUCACCAUCCUGGCAAUUUUGCUCGAAGCAUGGGGUUUGCGUGGUCAGAUUCUGCCCAACAAAAUCCUCACCGAAGUUCCUGCUCUCCCAUAUCUGACCACCCAUCCCACACCAGUCAAGGUUCCAGAUCUAUUCCUCUUGCUUGACUCCAAAUUCUGGGCCCCAUUUUCGUUGUGGUUCCUGGUAUCUUUGAUAGCACCAGCUGUCAUCUCUUACUUCAUCAACUUGCCUUUGAAGGCCCAUCCAAGCCAUACUUACUCGACGAGACGUGCGACUCUGGAGGCUAAUUCCCAGUUGCAAUUCGACCCUUUCGUGUUCAGCCUUGCCAAAGGACUACUGGCAUACUUGGUCUAUGCUCAACACUUCACCCUAGGAGGGCUGUACACCCACCACAGCAUUACUACCGUGAAUGAGAGUAUCUUGGGUGGUUACACCAACAUUCUCAUCAGCUCUGGUCUUGGAGCCGCCGUGAGCUUAUAUGAGGCUGUGUUGAAGAAGUAA